AUGCACGCAAAAACUGAUUCUGAUGUUGCAAGUUUCGACCCAUCAUCACCUAGAUCACCAAAACGAACCGUUUAUUAUGUUCAGAGUCCUUCUAGAGACUCUCAUGAUGGUGACAAAUCUUCAACUAUGCAACCAAGUCCUAUGGAUUCGCCUUCACAUCAAUCCUAUGUUCACCAUUCAAGAGCUUCUUCUUCGAGCAGAAUCUCUGGUGGUUAUAACUCUUCUUUGUGUAAGAAAGGGAAUAGAAAAGGUAAUGAUAAAGGGUGGAUUCAAUCUAAGGUUAUAGAAGAAGAAGGUGGUGAUUUCUAUCAUGAGAGUAAUAGGAUUUCAAGGAGGUUUCAAAUCUUCAUGGCUAUUGUUGGGAUUGUGUUGGUUUUUGGUGUCUUUUGUUUCAUCAUUUGGGCUGCUAGCUUGCAUUACAAACCUCAACUCAGUGUCAAGAGUUUGACAGUACAUAACUUCUAUUUCGGAGAAGGUUCGGACAUAACUGGAGUUCCAACUAAGAUGUUGACAGUGAAUUGUUCAAUGAGAAUGACAGUGCACAACCCUGCAUCUUUUUUCGGUAUUUAUGUCAGCUCCAAGUCGGUGAAUCUUAUGUAUUCUGAGGUUACAGUUGCAACCGGUGAGUUGAAGAAAUAUCAUCAACAGCGAAAGAGUCGCAGGACAGUAUCUGUUAAUAUACAAGGAAGCAAGGUUCCAUUGUACGGCGCUGGUGCAAGCUUUGCUAGUUUGGUGGACAACGGUAACGUAUCGACGACGCUUGUCUUUGAAGUUAAGUCGCGGGGAAAUGUUGUUGGGAAGUUGGUGAGGACUAAACACAUACAACAUGUCUCUUGCUCAGUAGCUAUUGACCCCAACAACAACAAAUCCAUUAAACUUAAAGAGAAUGAAUGUAAAUACAUCUAA